AUGGUAGUUAUAGAAAUCACAUCUCAAGACCAGUUCACAGACUUAACUACAGUCAACGCUGAGGGAAAGCUUAUUGCACUUUAUUUCCACACUACUUGGGCAGAGCCAUGCAAGACUAUGAAUACAGUUUACACCGCUUUGAGCGAGGAACCUGUUAACAAGGAAGUUCAAUUUCUCGCCAUUAACGCUGACGACAAUGCGGAAAUCGCUGAACUGUUUGAGGUUUCGUCUGUGCCAUACUUUGUGCUGGUUAGAAACAACACGAUUCUCAAAGAGCUAUCCGGUGCGGACCCCAAAGAGUUUGUCAAGGCUCUAAAUCAGUUCAAUGGGAGCCUGGCAGAAGGUGCAGGAGCUCCACCACAACCCGCGCAGAAUGAGGGCGUAGAAGAAGAGGAACCUGUGGAAACCGAAGAGGAACUUAUGGAGAGACUGAAGAAGCUAACCCAAGCAGCCCCAGUGAUGCUGUUCAUGAAAGGUACCCCUUCUGAACCUAAGUGCGGCUUCAGCAGACAGAUGGUUGGGAUACUUCGGGAAUAUCAAGUCAGGUUUGGGUUUUUCGAUAUCCUAAAAGAUGAUUCUAUCAGACAAGGCUUGAAGAAGUUUUCUGAUUGGCCAACUUUCCCCCAGUUGUACAUAAGUGGCGAAUUUCAAGGUGGUCUCGAUAUCAUAAAGGAAUCUCUCGAGGAAGACCCUGAGUUUUUCCAACACGCCAUGAACGCUUAG